AGAGGACGAAGGAGAAGGCCACGAUACAGAUAAAAGUUGUCUUCGCUGCUUCUUGCACCUCCAGCACGCUAUUCUCUGCCUUGUGCUACUUGAAGAAGAGGAAGAACUUGCUAGGACCAUGGAAGGAUUUGCUGCAGACUUUGGACUUUAUGGCAAUUCGACAUCUGGUUUUGCUUCAUCUCGAUGGGAUUGGUCAUUUCUCUCCAACGCAUACGUCAACAACAGUGCUCCUUUAACUCGAUUGGAUCCAAAAGAUAAAAGUAAGACCGUGGGAUUGGAAGCUGAGUCAAAAGUAGUAGCUCAAGAUUGUGGGAAAUGUUGCAACAAUUUCAUGCCCAUGCAAAUCGAGAUACAAGGACUAAAGGAAGAAAUGAAGCGACAUAGUCAAAAGAUGGAUGAAAUGGCUGUACUACUAAGAUAACUUGUGUUGAAGGCUGAUGCAGACCCAUCCGUUGAUGUCAAGACUGUUGCAUCAACAACCAAGUCAAAAAGACGAUCCACUUCAA